GGAGGGACGUUAGCUCGCUGGCCAGGUCUUGACAGUUAGCGUUCCUUAGCUAGCAGCUGUAUGCUAAUAUUAGUCAACGGGACCAAAUGCUGUUAUGGAUAAUAGGUGGGGAAACCGCCCCCGGUAUGCUAGACUAGCAUUAACUGAUGUCGGCAUUUACCGGGGCUCGAAGGAAGCGCGUGCAGAGGUGUAGACAGUUUGCACCAGCUGCUUAAGGAUCAGAACAUAUUGGGGCAGACUGACCACAUCAAACCGGAUGAAACUAGGUCAGACUGAAUCAAACCAGACUGAGACCAGAUCAGAACGGAGCAGACCAGACUGAUCCAGACGAUACCCGGCCCGUCCAGGAGGCCUGUUACAGUUUCCUAUCCAGUUGAGGGCUCAAGAGUGGAUGGAAGGAGAUGAUUUUAACACAGAGGCUGUGAUGAACAUCUGUGAUGACCUGAUGGCAGACCAAAGGAUGGACAUCUCGUCGACAAUGACUGACUUCAUGUCCCCCAGCUCCACCGACCUCAUCUCCAGCUCCAUCAGCACGCCUGGCAUGGACUACACCCGCAAGAGGAAGGGCAGCACUACUGAUUACCAAAUCGAUGGCUUCUCAUUUGAUGAGAUGGACCCAGACAAAGAUAAACUGGGAAGUGAUCAACAGGGCCGGAUUAAGAAUGCCAGAGAGGCUCACAGCCAGAUCGAAAAACGCCGCAGGGACAAGAUGAACAGCUUCAUUGACGAGCUGGCGUCACUGGUACCCACCUGUAAUGCCAUGUCCCGCAAAUUAGACAAGCUGACGGUUCUGCGCAUGGCUGUCCAGCACAUGAAGACACUCAGAGGCGCAGCCAACCCAUACACAGAGGCCAACUACAAGCCUUCCUUCCUCUCAGACGAUGAAUUGAAGCACUUAAUAUUAAGGGCUGCGGAUGGUUUCCUGUUUGUGGUUGGCUGUGACCGUGGAAAGAUCCUCUUUGUUUCCGAAUCAGUCUACAAAAUUCUCAACUACAGCCAGAACGACCUGAUAGGUCAGAGCCUGUUUGACUACCUUCACCCCAAGGACAUUGCCAAGGUCAAAGAGCAGCUGUCCUCUUCAGACACGGCCCCACGAGAGAGGCUCAUUGACGCUAAAACUGGUCUUCCAGUGAAGACAGACAUCACCCCCGGUCCAUCUAGACUCUGUUCUGGAGCCAGACGGUCGUUUUUCUGCAGGAUGAAGUGUAACAGGCCCUCUGUCAAAGUAGAGGAUAAAGACUUUCCCUCCACCUGCUCUAAGAAAAAAGCCGACCGUAAGAGCUUCUGCACCAUCCACAGCACAGGCUACCUAAAGAGCUGGCCACCCACCAAGAUGGGUCUCGAUGAGGACAACGAGCCAGACAACGAGGGCUGUAACCUGAGCUGCCUGGUAGCCAUCGGCCGCCUGCACCCCCACAUCGUCCCCCAACCCAGCCUGGCAGACAUCAGGGUGAAGCCCACAGAAUACGUCUCCCGACACGCAAUCGACGGCAAGUUUGUCUUCGUCGACCAGAGAGCCACAGCCAUCCUAGCCUACCUGCCCCAGGAGCUGCUGGGAACCUCCUUCUAUGAGUAUUUCCACCAGGACGACAUUGGCCACCUGGCAGAGUGCCACAGACAAGUGCUUCAGAUGAGAGAGAAGAUUAACACCAACUGUUACAAAUUCAAGAUCAAAGACGGCUCCUUCAUCACGCUGAGGAGCCGAUGGUUCAGCUUCAUGAACCCCUGGACCAAGGAGGUGGAGUACAUCGUCUCCACUAACACUGUUGUGUCGUGUCCUAUGAUGGAGGGAUCAGACUACCCUCAAUCUGCUGCCUCACCACAGAGUAUGGACAGUGUUCUCACCUCAGAGGGUGGAGGAAGGCGGGCGCUGCAGACGGUUCCUGGCAUCCCCGGUGGCACGAGAGCAGGAGCCGGCAAGAUUGGACGCAUGAUUGCAGAGGAAGUGAUGGAGAUCCAGAGGAUUCGAGGCUCCUCCCCCUCCAGCUGUGGCUCCAGCCCUCUGAACAUCACCAGCACCCCUCCACCUGACACCUGCUCCCCAGGGGGCAAGAAGAUCCAGAACGGAGGGACACCCGAGCUUCCGAGCACAGGGAUUAUUCCUGGACCUGAUUCUGUAGGCUACCCCUACUCCAACCAGUCCAUCAUGAGUGACAACUCCCACCUGAGUAUAGAUAUCAUGGACGAGCCCGGCUCCAGCAGCCCCAGCAACGACGAGGCGGCCAUGGCGGUCAUCAUGUCCCUGCUUGAGGCAGAUGCUGGCCUGGGUGGACCCGUCGACUUCAGCGACCUGCCCUGGCCUUUGUGAGGAAGCUGGAAGGGAAAGGGGGAGACUCCCUGUUAGCACCAGAGCCACUGAUGGAGAGAGUUGAGUCAGGUUGGAUUCUGGCUGUCAUGUUUCCUGCCGUCUGUACACAACUACACUGCAAAAAGUAUCCAUCUCAGCAAGUUAUAGUUUAAUAGAACAGGCUGUAGAUACUGAAGAUUUCUCCUAAAAGUACUUCACGAGUAGAUUUUUUUUUUUCAGUCUGGAUGGCUCUUACUGCUGUUCAGAUUUCACUCCGAUUUCUUCAUUCAUCAUUCCCUGUAGAUGGACGAGUGAUGCUGGGAUUCUUCUAUAAAGAUCCUGCUGUUAGGAUGAUUCUUUUUGCAUUGUUAGUUGCCUGCAGACAAGGCGUUCCCAAACAUUGCCACGGUGAGACACCAUUACUCUAACAACAGCAGAGUAAAUAGGAUCUCCAGUUACAGGACUGCGGUGCUAACACAUCUACUGAAGGACUGAACUCUGUCUAACAGUGGCUCUGGGACCUGUCCUCACCAGGUCAGCAGCCAACGCCCAACCAACACAGGACUCCUGAGACAUUCACAGACGGUGGUUGAAGUUUGAUGUUGGGUGGGGAGUGUUGAUUUCUGCCUCCCGCCGCAGCUCUUUCAACAUCUCUAACUGUAAAUUCUCCUUGUAGGAUGUGGAUGCUGGCUGUUUUAGCCAGCUGAUCUCCAACACAGGAGAUGAACACACAGCAGUCGUCCUCUGGAGAUUUGCUUGGAAUAUUCUUAGAGGUUCCUUAUUCCCAAGCCACAUGAUUCCACAAGCAGCUGUAUUUCAGUUCAUUUAAAUAACGACAAAAUCCUUUGUAAAAAAAAAAAACAAAAACAAAAAAUAAAGCCACGUAGCUGCUGUUUCCUUAACUAACACCAACAUAAGCAAAUUUUUCUACAAGCUACUCUGAAGCUCAUCCUCAUUCAAUUCUAUUUUCCCACAAGAGUAGGGUGGAUUUUUCCUGAGUUUAAAAGUAAUGUUUUAAACACAAAGUGCUCCACCUUAAACUACCUGCAGUAUUUCUGUCAGAAGUAAGUUGUGAUGAUUCAUUAUACAGCUGUCCAAAAAUAAUACUCCAGCCAGUGAUUCAUAGAACUUGCUUAGUAGAGGUCUUCAUAUGUCCAAAAUUACGAGCCCCAUCGGAAGUGAACCAGCACAACACCUAACAUGAUGUGCAUAAGUUAAUUUUACACACUGUGAUGACAUUCAGACCUUGUUUGAAUAUUCCAGGGUCAUUAGACCUGAUCUAAAAUGUGAUUCGACACAGACACGCCCAAGUAGAGACACUGGCAGCCGCAAAAGGAUGUUAUAUAUAUAACAUGUUAUAUGGGCUUAAACUUCCAUGUCUCUCGACCCACAGAGCUGUGAGUCAGAGUCCUGAUCUGACUCAGUCAACUGACUUUCCUGCACACAUUACUGGCAGGAAGAGAAUUUACUGUUGCGGCCAGUGUGCAUCACAUCACCUGACUUGCAGUUCCAGCUGCAGUCAGUACAUUGAAACCAACUCACAGCUCAGCGCUGAUCCUGGGGGGUCGAGCUGUGUCCCAGUCCCAUACUACACACUAACUAUAAGAGGCUUCUCACUAUGUGUUGUGUUCACAUUGGACAAUAUGUCAGAUAAUGUACAUUUAAAACAGUCAGCAUAUUAAACCUCUUGAUUUCAGAGUGUGCUGUUGAUGCACACUAACCUCCCAUAAUUCAGUGCACAAAGGAACUGGAGGAGCUAUUCACAGCCAAGAAAAAUUCAAAGCAGUUGUUUGGGUUGAAGCUCAAUUCUGAGAUUGUUCUCUCAAUAUUGUUCUAAUUAAUAAUAAAUACAGCAAGAUCUGAUCAACCCAUAUCAAUCUUAGGUUUAAAAUAACAAUAUGCGGUUAGGUCCCACCUGUGUCCAGAUCAACCUCCACCUACUUACAGUCUAAACUCCGCCCAUUCUGAGUACAGAUAGUCACAGAUAAUUUAGUCAGUUAAACAGAUACAGAUAUAGACAGUGGUGUACUUACUCAUCCCCAGUAAUGGUGGAUGGUAAAACAGCUCCAGCAACACUUCAGAAAAUGAAAGAAAAUACCUGAAGUUGCGGGAAAAUUAACUUCAACGUCUUAAUAAUUGUGUACUUGACUUCUUGUAUACUAAAAAACAAGAGCAGUAAAAUGAAUGCACAGUAUAUACUGUGUGUGGUUAACAUGUAGUAUGGGAUUGGGACACAGCCUGUUCUGUCCAGGGUUUACAAAGGAUCAGAACUUAUUAAUGAUUGAUGGAUGGACUGCACAGCUCACACUCUGGCUGCCUAAAAAAAUAUAUACAUAUAUUGACAGUGAUUAUCAGCAGCAGAUUAUCAGUUUGUAUGUGUCACAUGCAGAUGUGUGUAUGUAAAUCUUUUUACACAGUUCAACGGCUCCGUACACAACACAGUUACACUGAACAUAAUUGCACCCAGUUCAGUCAUCAGAAAGCAUUUGGACCUGUGAAGACCUCUCAUUGUUCUCUAGAAUGUGUUUUACUGCACAUUGCAGCUGUGUUAAUGAUCCAGUGUGUAGGAUUUAGAGGGAUAUAUUGGCAGAUUGGCAAUUAUUGUGUUUUUGUUACCUUAUAAUGAGCUGUUUAUAUCCAAAUAUGGAGCGGAUCCUUGUCUACAGAGUCAGCCUUGUUACACCACCAUGUUCUACAGUAGCCCAGAACAGACAAACCAAUCACUGGCUCUAGAUAGGGCCAUUUGCAUUUUUUGAUUGGCCUUUUUAUCUCUCUGACACACUUGGCAAAUGAAUGAAGUUUCACUUGGUUGUAAUUUGUAGCCUCACCACUAGAUGGCACUUAAUCCUACACACUGGACCUUUAACAGUAAGCAGUCAGCAGGAGAAGAGUUAACAGCUGAAGUGAAGCUCUGACUACUGUUACAACAAAGACUUUAAAGGUGGAGUCAGUGAUUCUGGGGAGAGAUUGUAAUGUUUGAACUCAACACUUACACAAACACACCCCUCCUGUCAGUGCUCCCUAAGACGUUGCACUAAUAUCUCCGCUGUUAUCUAGGUUUCGUUACUGUCACGGUGUUGCUCUGUGUGUGGGUGAGGAUGUGACAGAGGGUAGCCAGCAUAGUGUUCCAUGGCCAGAGCCAGGGCUUUAUUUGAACACUGGAUUUUUUUUUUUCAGCGUGCACACAGAACAGACAGCUAGUGGACCGCAAGGAGAUAUUCACAGAAUUUGACAAAGUGUACUGGAUAAGAAUCGCUGACUGCACCUUUAACAGAGAAAUGAGGUGAGUAGAAUUUGGUUGAAGCAGCAGCUGAGUGUGUAGGUGUGUGUUCAUGGCUGUAACGGCACACUCAACGUCUCUCUCAAAAGAGCAAUUCAACCGCAAACCAAGACAAUUCAAGUGCUCCUCGAUGAGGAGACGUUCUUCACUGCCAUUUUACUGAGGUCUGCUCCUCACACGUUAGCAGGCUCAUUAGCAUGAGCCUGCUAAUGGAAAAACCUGAUGGUCUGGGUCACAGGGUCUCCACCUACUCAUCCCUUCUACACCAAUACCCAUAUGAAGCACUUGUGAUGCAGAAAGACUGUCAGUCUGAGUCCAGAUUGAUUCAGCGCAGGCCCACAGAAAUAAUUUCUUUGCCUUAGUGAUCGUAAUAUUUAAAAAUGGACCUGACACAUCCGUCAGUACCUGGGCUUCAGUUUAGUCAUAAACUGAAAACGAACAGCCCCCUCUGAUUUUUUUUUAAAGGGGUUGGAAGAAAAAAUACCUCGGAGUAAAAUUCUGCGGACAGAUUUACAUUAUGUGGAUUUUUUUUAAAAAAAUCCUGCAGUUACUCUUAAAUUUGGUCUGUUUAGCAUUUAAUAACACACAUAUGUACUGUGGCUACAUGGAACUAUCAAUGCAAACUACUUUGUGAGCAGAGAGGGCUAUAAUGUAGACAGGGGGCGAGUAUAGAAACAGAUAAAUGUCCUAGAGACGGAGGCGACAGUAAAUCCCACAGAGUAGGACUUUAUAACAGGGAUAAAGCUAACCACAUCCUGCGACAGGUAACAGACAGCAGGGACAGCCGGGAGUGUCCAGAUGGAAUUCUUCAUUUCAGUGUCUGUUUUUCCUCCACGAUAAUGAAUAGCCUCAACACAACCUCUUCACCUCGCCAGCUCUCUGCUGCUCACAGAACAUUGUUGUCAGAGUUUAAGAAGAGGUGGACAUACUGAGAGGGGACUCCAAAGUCCAACUUGCCUGCCUGUAUGGAAAGAAAAUUAAUUUUAUAUAUAUUUCUAUGUAUCCAUUGUAUAGAAAUCAGAAAAUCUGAAAUGCUCUUGAAAACGGUUGUGCAUGCAUUUGGAAACAAACAUAAGAUGUCCUGGAAUAUACUGAAAGUGCAUUUUAAACAGAUUGUUAAUAGAUUUAAUUAACAUAGUAAAGUGUCCAGCUUUUACAUAUUUGUAUGCAUUUUGCAAUGCAUUUUGAAUAUAUGCACUGCAUUGUAUGGAUAAGUUUAUCCCCAGUUUGUGCAUCUUGUGUUAGGUUCUCAUGUGUUACGUUCAAGUCACAGAGCUGAGCAUCAGUUUUUCUGAAAGCCAAAUAACCAACCAUCUUUGAUGAAUGCAGGACAUCGUGUAACAACACUCAGCACCAACAGUGGGAACUCAAGUCACAAAUUUGACUUGACUUUACAAAAUCAAAAAAGACUCGCAGCUCGACCUGGACUUUAACACCGACUUUACUGGGACUUUAGCCUUUGACUUGAAAAAACUUGAUACCUUUUGCCAAGUCCAAAGAUUAAAAUGUAUGUUAUUUAAAAAGUGUGUCACAAUUCAACUCAUGUCCCUUCAUUUCCUGAAUCCAUUAACAUUAAUGUUAGUCACAGCAAGUCAACACUUAAUUCUCCAGAUCUGAGUUGUUGGAACAAAUUGGACAGCAUCCAAUCAGGCUGCAGGAGAGAAGCUUGAAGAACUAACGUUAUGAUAUUGAGCGUCAGUUGGAAAAAGUAAUUCCAAAGAUAAGUUUGUUUGCAUACAAAAACUAUCCAGUGGACUACAAAAAAAAGUAUGCAAAACAUGCAAGUCAGAAAUUACAGAUGAGAUACAAGAACUUCAAACAAACUACAAAUGUAAAGUGUAAAGUCAGAAAAACAACAAAAGGAGAUCUUCUGAUGUAACUAAUAGUCCUACUCAGUCUAUUUAGUCAUAGUCUGGUCCGUAUUCACAACCAUCUCUGUAUCUGAAUGUCUGCACUCUAUAUUUUGUACUGAAAUUUAUUUUGUUCACUCACAAAACAACCCUAUACAUGAGAUUCACGUCUUGUUAUCUGCAGGGACCGAUGAGCAGUAAGAAUCUGACAGCAGUUACAAAGAUUGUAAUCGUCGCUGCUUGAACAUUUCCAUGAACAGUCUCAAGGGCAGUCUAUCAGCGGCUUGCACUCUCUGCUCUUGCAGACUUUAUGUGAUGAACUCGUCACAGUACAUAUGAGUGAAGUCAGCAAGGGCUCAGUCCGCAAGUCCAGAGGGUGGACGUUUGGAUGCAGCCUAUGACUUUGGACUUGACCAUAGACUUGCCUGUCUUGACUCGGGAUUUGCCUGUCCUGACUUAGGACUUGACUGGGGACUUGAGUGCAAAGACUUUAGACUUACGUUGUGUUCACACCAAACAUGAUGUGAAUUUUCACGUUGCAUUACUCAUGCGAGUUUGAACGGCAGAAUAUUUUUGGUUGACUCGCUCCAUAAGUGCGUGAAAUCGCUGAAUGGAUGACUGAACUUGCCGAUACAUCCUCAGCGUCAUACAUCCACAGAGGAUCUCAGUGCUGAUUGGCUAUUGCGGUGCGAACUGGACGCUGAAGUUCAGAUAUUUCAACUCGCAAAUAAGCAUAUGACACAAGCUACUCGCUUCAUUCGUGCUGCUGAAUUUGCGUAUUUCGCAUCAUUUGCGUUGCGUCGCCCAGCAGGAAUUCACGUCUAAUCGUGUCUUUACAUUGACUGUACAUGUAAUUGACUUGCGUGAAUUGUUUUAUUGCCGCCCAGUGUGAACACAUUACUUGUAACUUGCAAAAUAUUGACUUGGCCCCACCUGUGCUCAAUACUGUAAUGAAGGUAUUUCCACUAUGUUAAGAAUAAUAACAAAAGCUGGGCAAACAAUUUCUUUCCAUAUGGGCAGAGAGAUUUGAAUCUCUGGUUUGAUAACAACCAUUUGCGGCUGAACAUCUGGCAGCCUUUUAAAAUGAGACUCUAUCUGAUUGGGGAUGCACAAUGGUGCAAGUCAAAGAGCUGCAGCAGUUCCUGUGCAGCCGUCUGUGUAAACCCCUCCACUGGUGCUCACAGUUGGGUUGAAACAGGACUGUUGACAUUGAAAUAGCUGCUGAGCUCAGGCUCCGCCCCCCUCCUGUCCUCUUCCAAUCAGGCAGCAACUGGCGAGGUCCCCUCUGUAUCUGUUCUAGUGGUUUUCUGUUUCAAUGUUUUUACGCUACACACACUACAAUAAAGUGUUUCCCUUGUUAAUAUACCCCUCCCCACCUGACAAUAAUGUAUCAAAUCUUUAAAUAUUAUCAUGUUAAGAGUAUACUUUAUGCAAAUAUAUAUGAGUAUGUUGAGUGUAUUGUAUGUAUCAGCAGUGAAAUAUUUUUAAAAUAAAAUUAUUUGUUUCUGUCA